AUGGCAGCCUCAGAUACUAAAACCAACCUUGAAGAUGUCCUCGAACCCUUCUACCAAAGAGCUUCUGAAGCUGAGGAUCGGCUGUCAAGACUAGAAGCUGCUGUUGCAAGUAAUAGCGAUGCUGGGGGUGAGGAACAUUUAAAAACAAUAAUCGAACUUCAGGCAAAGCUAGAGCGUGCAAAUGCAGAGCUAGCUUCAGAGCGAGAAAAGACUAAAAAGCUUGCUGUGGAAAACGGAAAGUUCCAGUAUCGUAUUAUUCAUCUUGUCCAGGCAAUCAGGGAGGGUGAUGCUAAGUUGGAGAGCAUAAAAGGCGGUUCAGAAACAAGUGCAGAGGCCAUGGCCUUAUUGAAAUCGGAGAAUAUACGAUUAUGA